AUGAAACUUUCAAUACAAAAGACUUAUAAAUUAUCUUCAAAUUAUUAUAUUCCUACUGUAGCUUUGGGAACCUACGAUUUACCAAGUUCUGAAACGACAGAAAUUGUCGAAAAUGCAUUGGAUGUAGGUUAUAGACAUUUUGAUACUGCUGUACUUUAUGAUAACGAAGAAGAAGUCGCUCAAGGAAUUUCUAAUUGGUUAAUAAGACAUCCAGAGACUAAAAGGGAUGAAAUUUUUUAUACUACAAAAUUGUGGAAUUCACAAUUUGGUUAUCAGAAUGCAAAGAGAGCAAUAAGAGAAUGCGUCGAUAAAGUUCAAGAUUUAAAAUAUAUCGAUUUAUUACUGAUGCAUUCUCCCAUCGGUGGUCCACAGAUUAGAGAAGAAACCUGGAGGGCUAUGCAAGAGGCGGUGGAUGAAGGAAUCGUUAAAUCUAUUGGUGUCUCUAAUUUCGGUAUUAAACAUUUAAAGGAAUUGUUUCAAUGGGAUGGGUUAAAAUAUCGUCCCGUGGUAAAUCAAAUUGAAAUCUCUCCUUGGCUCAUGAGACAGGAAUUAGCUGAUUUUUGUAAAAUGGAAGGUCUUGUUGUAGAAGCAUACGCUCCUUUGACUCACGGUUACAAAAUAAAUCAUCCAGAUUUGAUUAAAAUUUCAAACGAACUGAAUAAUACGAAGAAUACGGGUCAGAUUCUAAUCAGAUGGUCCUUACAACAUGGAUACGUACCAUUACCGAAGACCAAGACUAUUGGAAGGUUGGAAAGUAACCUUGAUGUCUACGAUUUUGAGUUGACAGAAGAUCAAAUGAAAUUCCUUGAUCAUCCAGAAGCUUAUGAACCAACAGAUUGGGAAUGUACUAAUGCUCCAUGA